CAGGUAAAGAUCAAUCAAUAAAAGAACUACGACCUAAUCAAAAACCAAGCAAAAAAUAUGACUGUAAAUCACACAUCAUUGUUGCUAAUACAAACACAUCUAAUGAAAAACAAAUGAUUAUUAAAUAUACUCCCCAUACUAAUCACAUUCCUGGCUCUGAUAAUGAUAUUGGCACAUUAAAACUUUCUAAGGAGAUUCGUAAUUGGAUUACUGAACAUAUUCGAGAUGAUAAUCUUGUAACCCGCAAUGAUAUUUACAACAUCUGGAAAGAAGCUAUUGUUGAUAAUCAGAUGAAACAUAAAUCUGAAGCACAAAGUAUAAAAUUGUGGAGAAUUGAGCUCAAUCAAAAAAAUGACCUUACCUGCGCAAUUUCAAAGGCAGAAG